AUGGACGUGGGUGGUCUCGGCCUGCUGACCCCCACCUUGGACGACAACAUCCAGCACUAUAUAUUUAGUUCGCCUCCCCCGAUACCUCCCAUACAUCGAGCAUCCGUUUCUCUCCCGACUCCUGUCCCAGCCUCUAUCGAUAUUCGGAUUCACGAAGUUCUCUCGCGCCUGAAGCAUAUCAAGACUAUCGGCCGGCUGGUCCGUCGAUGGCUGCAAGUCUGCCUGAACUGUCCUGUGCCCAGGCCCCUCCUUCUGGACCUGUUAGCUGCCGUUGAAUCAGCAGCCCGGCAGUGCAGUCCAAGUGAUGGCAAUGUCCCAGUUGCCGUCGCAGACUUUAGCCAGCUGGCAGAAGGAAUCCAGAACGCGAGCUCACAGCCGCUGGUUAUACCUCGCGGAUUGCAGCCUACCGAGUUCAGUCAGGUGCUUACCGGGCGAAAUUUGAGAGUUGAGUUGAUUGGUCUUGUUCUGAGUGUCGCUGGAAACGCGGCUCUCGGCCUGCUCGAGUCGGAUGUCGUCUUUUCCUCUACGAGCAUGUAUCAAGACGUCCUCGACCGCAAGGCCUUUGCUGGCGAGAUGUUGAGUGCCAGUGACGCGGCGAUUGCGUUUGCCAAGGAGCAAUGUCAUGAUCUGUAUGAUGUGCUCCUUUGGCUGCGGUAUGAGAACUUUGUCCUAACGAGGAGUUGUUGCGGGUACGAAAGCUACCGUACCUGGGCACGCUCCGGCAGAUUAAUUAACGACUUGUUUGCCAUGGACAUUCACCGAGACCCGGAAAGACCUCAAUCCUCGGACACGCCGUGGUUCUUGCGCGAGAUCCAGACUAGGCUGUUCGCAUGCAUAUAUGAAGCCGAUAAGUCAUUGUCCAGAGUCCUCAAAAAACUGCCCCGGCUACCCCGACAGUACUGCAACCGCAGACUGCCACUCAAGAUCAGCGACGAGAACGUCUUAACAGCCGGUUUCACGUUGGACGAUGCAAUCAUCGAUAUGCCACACCUGGGCAACUGCAUUCGCCAGGAAUCGUUCCCCUCCGAUUGGCUUCGCAUACGCUAUUUGUUUGCGACGCUUAAAGAGGUGGUCCUCAGUGUGAAGCUGGGAGCAGCGGAACAAAAUAGCGAAUCGUUCAUCCGCCGCACAUUAUCACGCAUCCAGGCAGCAUGGAAAGCACUUCCUACAUAUCUCUGCUACAACCCUGUCUGCACCCCAAAUCAAACAUCAUCCACGCCCUACCAGUACCUUGCCCGCCUGCUGCUCUAUCUUGAAUAUCUUGACCUCCAAUUCAGUACACAGCAGGCACUUUGCCACACCUCUGGAGAAGACGACACAAAACUACUAAAAUUAGGCCUUACCUUGGUAGCCACAACAGCCAAUGCAGCCCGCGUCUUCUGCAGGCGGUUUGGUGCAUCGACGGACACAGCAUUGAUGCUCUGCUUCUACGGUCUUCCCAGUGCUCUCGUCCUUGCCGAUGCUUUAGCCAACACUACAGCAGACGGACAGAACAUGCCUACCGCCAACAGAUCCGAUAAUCUGCCACUUUCGUGGCCCGAACUCCACCAUCAGCUCAGCGUGCUAUCCGCCGAGCUAGAAGCCCUUGUAGAUUUCACAGACAGCAACUAUGCGCUGUACAGUAAGCAGAAGGAAGCACUCUUAAGACAGCUUGAUCGCGCCCUGCACGCAAGGCUCGAGGUGUCGCCUUCCAAGUCGCCGCAAUCCGGGGGGACUCUGACCGCGCCAUUGAACGAUAUCGACAAACUGAUCGCUGAGAUGGCAGAAGAUGAGACUUUUGCCGAUGGUCCAAUCGGUGACCUGGAUUCAUGGAGUGCGGGCCCUUCAAGCUGGACACUAGACGAUAUUUUUGAUAAUUGUCUGUGGAAUUUAUCGGAGUAG